CUCCGGUAGAAAAAAGCAGUAGGCUAGUAUUCCGUUUACUGGAAUUGUUAAGUUCAGAAUGACUUGAAGCUAAUUCACUGUAAGGUUUUAGGAUUCCAUGAAGAGCAUUCUUGCGCCCAAGAGACCAAUAACGGUUACGUGAAUUGGGAGAGCUCACCAAUCGGAUCUAACACAGCCAAAAAUACAAAAUGUGUAGCCUAUGAAGCAUAUGAGUAUAUGCUGCAGGCUUUCAGGACAUAGCUAAGUAAUGUAACCAGAUCUAAACGGAAAGCUAUCACUACGGAUGUACUUUACAUGCUAUUGUUAUGGUUCACCAUAUUAGCCUAUUGAAUUGCAAUUAUGGAACUAAUCAAUACGUCAAUAAGGCUUUAACAUUGAUCCAAUCCGUCGUUAAUCAACUUGAGAGGGGAAAUCGCAAGUUUAAAUACACCAUUGAACCAUUAUGAAGUUCAUUGACUCCUGAUAGUGAGCCAACAUAAAACAACCUUAACUACAUGUCUAACUCUAUGUUGUUUAAAAAGGGUACAUUUCCUCUGAUGUUUAUAUACCAUAGAUAACCAUUUGACAUGCAUUUGAGUGCUCCUGCAGCUGAUGUUGUAUCAGCAACAACCGCUCAUAUCUUCCUCUCUCUCACUUGAUUGGUUUGUUGCAGGGCAUCGGGCGGGGCAAGCCUUUCUUUAAAUGGCAUUGGGGACCCCGGCGGCUAAGCACAUUGUCAAGCGCAGUCAUAUCGGAACCGUGAAAGUUAGUUUUACCCGACAUCAAGUUCAAAAUACGACAGAUAUGAGAGGUCUGUAAACAAAGUGUGGAUAGCGGAACAAAGCAACUGGUGGGAUAUACUCGAUAACGAUCCUUACUGCUCCACAAAUGACAAACAGGACACCUAAUUGAUGAGGUUCAAGGAUCGGACGAGAGAGGACUAGUUGGACACCUCCGUCCCCUGAAGACCUUCCUGUCUCAUCGAGAGCAGAGUGACGCCAUCAGCGUCCGGCUCUUUUUGCGCCACUGUUUCCUGCUUGUGUUGGUCCCCGGGAGCGUUUCGAAACUGUUUCUCCAACGCUUUUUCCAGAAACUCAGACUGUUUUCCAGAGCAGAAGCAGUAGCACCGCCCUCCCAGACAGAGGUGAUGGGAAGUGUGCGGGCCAACCGCUACAGCAUCGUGUCAUCCGAGGAAGACGGCAUGAAAUUGGCCACUAUGGCUGUGCCCAACGGCUACGGCAACGGGAAGAGCAAAGUGCACACGCGGCACCAGGCGCAAAGCCGCUUCGUCAAGAAGGACGGCCACUGCAACGUGCAGUUCGUCAACGUCAGCGAGAAGGGCCAGCGCUACCUGGCCGACAUCUUCACCACCUGUGUGGACAUCCGCUGGCGCUGGAUGUUCGUCAUCUUCUGCAUGGCCUUCCUCCUGUCCUGGCUCUUCUUCGGCUGCGUCUUCUGGCUGGUGGCCGUCCUGCACGGGGACCUGGAGAACAACGGGCAGGGCAGCGGCCAGCGGUGCGUGUCCAACGUCAGCACUUUCACGGCCGCAUUCCUCUUCUCCAUCGAGACGCAGACCACCAUCGGCUACGGGUACCGCUACGUCACCGACGAGUGCCCGGUCGCCGUCUUCAUGGUGGUCUUCCAGAGCAUCGUGGGCUGCAUCAUCGAUGCAUUCAUCAUCGGCGCGGUCAUGGCGAAGAUGGCCAAGCCCAAGAAGAGAAACGAGACUCUGGUGUUCAGCCACAACGCUACGGUGGCCAUGAGGGACAACAAGCUGUGCUUGAUGUGGCGUGUCGGCAACCUGCGCAAGAGUCACCUGGUGGAGGCUCACGUCCGAGCCCAGCUCCUAAAGUCUCGCACUACAGCCGAGGGGGAGUUUAUCCCCCUCGACCAGAUGGACAUUGAUGUGGGCUUCGACAGCGGUAUUGACCGCAUCUUCCUCGUGUCCCCCAUCACCAUCGUGCACGAGAUCGACGAGGACAGCCCCUUCUAUGACAUGAGCAAGCAGGAACUGGAGACCGUCGAGUUCGAGAUCGUGGUGAUCCUCGAAGGCAUGGUGGAAGCCACGGCCAUGACGACCCAGUGCCGCAGCUCCUACCUCUCCAGCGAGAUCCUGUGGGGCCACCGCUUCGAGCCGGUCCUGUUCGAGGAGAAGAACUACUACAAGGUGGACUACUCGCGUUUCCACAAGACCUACGAGGUUCCCAGCACCCCUCUGUGCAGCGCGAGGGACUUGGCAGAGAAAAAAUACAUCCUGUCCAACUCCAACUCCUUCUGCUACGAGAACGAGGUGGCCCUCUCGAACAAAGAAGAGAAGGAGGAGGCCAACAUGGGUGGGGUGGGACCAGAGGGCACCCACACGGACACGAUUUCACUGAACAUUACAGAGUCUGAGCACAGCCAGGCUACUGUACCUCUCGAGCCACGGCCUCUGCGACGAGAAUCUGAAAUAUGACUUUCCUAAGACCUCCUGACGAAGGUUUUAAGCAGACACCCUUUGUUCAAGAAGGCACAAUGAGCUGAACUGGGCCCUUCGGGGUGGACAGAUUCGAGCUGACGGUACUGCUGUGAUAAAGGUUUUUGAAAAGGAGCUAUCUGUCGUAAGAGGGUUCUGGUGAAAACGCAUGGCAAAAAGACAAACAGCACAGAGACACGGCACCAUGACAAGAGCAUGAAAACGGGCAAAAGCAGUUACAAAAUUAUACAAAACUACUUUUGUUUAGACUGUUGAUUCUGUGUCACAGAGAGUGGUUAAUGUGAGAGAAGAUGGCUAGCAAAACUUGAAAAACAACACAGGCAUGUCUCUUUGUUCAUCUGACCAGCAAAACCAGAACAAUGUCCAUUUAGAUUCAUAGCAUUUCAAGACAAUUUCAUUCAAUUUAUUGUUUUUCAUUGCUGCUAUGGAAAAAAAGGUCAUUUAACAGAGGGAAAAAUUCAUUGCAUCACACUGAGACAUCCACGGUGUUCAGCGGGUGCUGUGGCAUAUUUUGAAUGUUUUAUACUGUUUGCUGAAACCACAGACAGUUUUACGUAGCAUGUUUGCACAUUUAUUGACCCCUAGGUAGACAGAGCUCUGACACAUAAAUAAUUAUUACAGAAACACUGCCAUUCAGUUCUAUGAAUCAGCGUUCUAUUGCAUGGGAGGGUGGAAGGUUCUCCUCCAUAUUUUCCAGGGAAAGUGCAAACGAGUUAGCCCUUGGGCUUCAGAUAUGGGAUUGUUUGUUUGUCGUGGGAGGGAGAAGGGGGGGGGGGGGCAAUAGGGAUGCUGGAAAAGAUACACUUUUACCCUCUUCCUUUAUGAGAACCAGUUUCCAAGCAGAGCGUAUAUUGCCAAGUGGAACAAACCUGAGAUAAACAAUACACCUGAAAAACAGGAAAUGAAUGGAAAACAAUCAUGUUUCUGUAUGGCAAGUACCCUCAAAGAUCAUCGUCUUUUUUUUUUCUUUUCUUUUUCUUAACUUAACUGACAGGUUGCACAAACGUGUUCUUAUAAUGGGCUGGUCUCAUAAAGGACGGAACAAUAUUAAAACAGUAGGACUAGGUUUUGUGGCUUUCCCCAUAAAGCUGUAAAUUAUUUAAUGUAGCAAGACAUUGCACAUGCCUCCCAGCAUGUACACACAAUGCUUAAGUAUCAACACUAAACAGGUAACUGAAACGUCUGUUUGUGCGCUUGAGAUAGCCACAGUAACCUUGUCUAAGAGUCUUUACACAUGACCACUGGUCAAAAUGAACAAUAUGUCUGAAAAUCAGUCAUGGAAGUAUGAUGAUCUUGGUGAUUUUGCUUGCCAUCCUUAGAUGUUGAUAUUCAAUAUGGUGGACAUUGGUUAUUGCUGGUCAAAUUGACAGAAACAUGCCUGUUGAAGACAAUGCAUCAGACAGGGUCAUAAGUUAAGAAUGAACGAAGCACAGAUAACAACAAACCUACUGGGGUAGAAAAGAAAAACAACAAAAAAUGUGUGAAAGAAUGUUUUAUAUAAAAGUGCUGCUAUGUUGCAUAUUGUGGGUUUUUAAUAUAGAAGACUGAAGCCAAAGAGUAUUACUUUUCUUUCUCGUAAUAAUGCAUCCAACUGUUAAACAGGUAGAAGUAGACAUCUUAAGUCCAGAAAAAUACAACUUAUUUCCAAAUGGAAAGAUUUUUAAAGAAUGUCUAAUACAUGUAUGCAUUCUAAUAUUUUCAUAUUUAAAGCCAAAUGUAUAUAGGAUUAAAAUAACCAGUGAAAGUGUAGAAGGCUACAGGUUAGCUCUCUUUCCCUUUCAGUAAAAAAUGACAACAACUGAUAAUCACAUGUUGCUCCCUAAUGCAGUGUUACACCGUACUUUAUGCUGACAGAAGUGUUCAUAGUUAAGCACUCCAGAAACACUGAUUGUGUCUCUUUAACUCAUAAAGACUGCAUAGCUGGCAGUGUUAAGCAGCGAAAGGAUACGCGGUUAGCAAAUUAGGAAUCAUUACGAGGGUUUGUGAGUAUAAACACAAAAAUACUUGUAGAGUAUUUUUGCAAAUAACUAACAUUCUUUCACUCACAUUUCCACAGCCUCUAGAAGUUCAUGAAAGUUCAUGGAGUUCAAAUCCUGCAAACUGAAUGGCCUUAGUUACAAGCAA